AAACUACUAAUUGAAUUUCGUUUUAAAGAAUUUUAUUAUCAUUUUUGUAAAUAGUUGCUUGAUCUCUAAUAAUUUGUGAAUUUAAUGUAAUGGAAAUUCUAGAAAAAAAUAUAUAUAAUUAUAUUAACACAAGUAGUAGCUUGUAGUUGCUAAAAUUUUUAAAAAAUACCCAAAUAGCCUAAUUACAAAACCCAACGCAAAACGAUGUCAUUAGAUUGCACCCUUAUUAUUUUGUCUUUUUAACAAAAAUUUUUUUUUUUUUUUUACAGAAAUUCAUGUACCAGUAUCUACGGUAUUGACAUAAUGAAGAGAAAACGACAAUUGAGUUUAAAAUCAACAAAUGAAUCUCGUGAAGGACAUUCUACCAGAUUCUUCUACGGUAACUCACAGACACAAAAAUCUGACGAAAAUUUGACAUUUUCUUCAUCGUCAUCAACUCCAAAGACAGAAGAGGCAGAACAUCGAAAAGCAGAGAAGAAAACUUUUCGCUCGAGUGGAAUAUUCAGAUUAAAAUCACCAACUAGAUCUCGCGAAGAAAUGUCUACCAGUUCAAUUGGAAAGACUGAAAAUGUAAAAGCUGGAAUUCCGGAGAAACAAUCUUUUACUUCCAGUGAAAGAUUGAGUUUAAAAUGUUAGUGUUUAACAGAUGUAUUUUAAAAAUAUUUUUAUUUACAUGUAAAGUUAACAAUUGUAAUUUAUUUGUUUAUUCUCUAUUUUUUAGCAACAAAUGAAUCUCGUGAAGGACAAUCUACCAGAUUCUUCUACUGUAACUCACAGACACAAAAAUCUGACGAAAAUUUGACAUUUUCUUCAUCGUUAUCAACUCCAAAGACUGAGCAGGCUGAACCUCGAAAAGCAGAGAAGAAAACUUUUCGCUCGAGUGGAAUAUUCAGAUUAAAAUGUAAGUUUUUUAAAAUUAUUUUCUUCAAGUAUUUGAUUUAAAUUGAGGAAUUUUUUAAUUUGAAUUCUUUUGUUUCUUUUUAAUUUUCAGCACCAACUAGAUCUCGCGAAGAAAUGUCUACCAGUUCAAUUGGAAAGACUGAAAAUGUGAAAGCUGGAAUUCCGGAGAAACAAUCUUUUACUUCCAGUGAAAGAUUGAGUUUAAAAUGUUAGUGUUUAACAGAUGUAUUUUAAAAAUAUUUUUAUUUAUAUGUAAAGUUAACAAUUGUAAUUUAUUUGUUUAUUCUCUAUUUUUUCAGCAACAAAUGAAUCUCGUGAAGGACAUUCAACCAGAUUCUUCUACGGUAACUCACAGACAAAAAAAUCUGACGAAAAUUUGACAUUUUCUUCAUCGUCAUCAACUCCAAAGACUGAGCAGGCUGAACCUCGAAAAGCAGAGAAGAAAACUUUUCGCUCGAGUGGAAUAUUCAGAUUAAAAUGUAAGUUUUUUAAAAUUAUUUUCUUCAAGUAUUUGAUUUAAAUU